AAUCGUGACAAUUUAUCAUCAUUAUUUAAAGGAAAAUUUCUCAUCGACUAAUACAGCUUUUAAUUCGUCUAGCUAAUAUAGAUUUGUAUCAUCUGUUUACCUUUUGCUUAUGUCUUUAACUACGUUAUCACAGGCUACAUUUUAAUUAAAGCAAUCGAUGUCAGCCAAAAAUCCGAUUCGUUUCGCUCAGAAACAAAUGUCUAAUCAAUAACGGCUGCUCAGUUUACACUAAUUCAGCUUAUUUGCACACAUUUUUACCUAAGUAUGCUUCGGAAAAUUUGAUUUGACGUGAGAAUGAUCUGUAAAUUGCGUUCUUUACUGGGAACAUUGUUGUGCAUGCCAAAUAAACUGUUCAAGCGGAACGGGCGGCGUUAAGGGUCUACUUUUAUCCGUUUUUCGAGUGUUACACGUGAGUUUUCUUUUCAAUUAGUAAUUUGAACGUCAGCAGUUGUUAUUACCAAUAAUAUCACACCAUAGAUUACAUAAUAUUGUUAUAGGAUAUGCUAAAUAUUUAAAUAAAAUAUUGCGCAUCAUAUAGCCUAUUCAUCAUCAGAAAGCGUUUCAUAACAAAGCCAAAUUUAUUGUCUUCUUUUAAACCAUAAUAUUGGCUUUUAAUUGUUUUUCUUUUGCAACAAGAUGUCAUAUGCAUGAGUUCAUUCAUAUUAGGACAUUUAAAAAAAAUGUUGUUGACGUUAUUAACUAGGUUUAAACAUGAUAUGGGAAUGGAAUAGAGGGAACGGGAUGAAGACAGACGUUAUUGUAAGAACCUGGACUUGGACAACAUUUUAGGGACCCCGCCCUCGUCAAAAGAGGAAACGUGCCGCCGCCAUGUUGACGAGAUUAUUCAACGAACCUUCACUUCUUCCGAACAUGCAAAAGUUCGCGGGCUGGGUUGAUGACAGCGGGAGUGAGGACUCCAAAACCAAGGACGAAGAGCAGGAGCACUGUCGCCUAGGCGACGAGGACUUGGAAGACGGCGAUGGAAAAGGCGGGAGCAGCCGGGCUCAGUCGGAGAUUGCAGGGGAGGAGGAUGACGAUGAGGACGUUGAUGAAGAUGACUGUGGGGAAGAGGGGGACGGAGACAGGCCUAAAAAACGUGGGCCAAAAAAACGCAAGAUGACACCGGCUAGGGUAGAGCGCACGAAAGUAAGGCGCCAAAAGGCGAACGCUAGAGAGCGCACGCGCAUGCACGAUCUCAAUUCAGCCCUGGACAAUCUACGCAAAGUCGUGCCGUGCUAUUCAAAAACUCAAAAACUCUCCAAAAUUGAAACACUAAGGCUGGCGAAAAACUACAUUUGGGCGCUGUCAGAAAUCCUGCGGAACGGCAAGAGACCGGACGUGGUUUCUUAUGUACAGACACUGUGCAAAGGCCUUUCCCAACCCACCACCAAUCUGGUGGCAGGCUGCCUCCAACUUAACUCACGGAACUUUCUAACGGAACAAUGUCAAGAGGGAUCGCGCUUUCACGUGCCCAACCCCUCGUUCUCCAUGCACGCAUAUCCAUAUCAGUGCUCCCGUCUAUCAAGCGCACAAUGUCAAUCCGGACCCAAUACACAUAGCAUCCGCAAUCACUCUUUCUGUUCGCCUUAUGAGACUGUGUACACCGGGGGCGCGUCCCCAGAAUACAACAGUCCAGAUUAUGAGGGCCACCACAGCCCUCCGGUGUGUAUAAAUGGAAACUUUUCUUUAAGGCAACAGGAAUCCGUUUCACCAGACACAGAAAGAAGUUAUCAUUAUUCUAUGCAUUACACCGGUCUGCACGGCUCACGUCCCUCCGCUGCUCAUGGUCUUGCCUAUGGCCCAUCGGGAGCGCGCAGCAGUAGCGCGCACUCGGAGAACGUUCCACCGUUCCAUGAUGUUCACGUGCACCACGAUCGGGCACCUGCAUACGAGGAACUGAACGCUUUUUUCCACAAUUAGGUGCCCCAAACCCCCCAAGGCCCAUAUUGGAAAAACAGACAGAACAAGGGAAAAGGAGAAAGACAUUUUCGCAUUCAACACAUUAAAGAAAACCUUUCUUAAUUUAUUUACUUUCUGCGGAAUCCGGGUGUUUGUGGAUUAUUUUACAUUAUAAAACAAUAUUUUUGAUUUUACAAAAAAAAAAAAACAAACAAAAAAACCCAAUAUGGACCUUCAUGAAAAAUGAGUGUAAUAAUAAGUUGUCGGAACAAGAGUCAAUUUGCUUUAUCAAAACAAACAUGUGGGAGUGCAAUUUCUGAAUCAAAUGUUUGAACCAAUGAGUCACUUAUGUAACACAAGAAAAAUGAACCAAAUUUCUUAACGAAGACUGUUUCCUGAUUAAAUAAAUAAAGAAGCAUAUUGUUA